AUGCCCAAGUCAAAAAGACUGACGGCCUCAAUUCCGGGAUGCUCCGUUCCGGCCGAAUAUGUUUUCUCCGACGCUGCACUCUUCACACAGAAAUGGUGGUCGAAUGUAGUGAAGACGGAUGCGUUUUGGACGGACCUCGGCAGACACCUUUCCCAAACAGUGAUCAAGAAGAGAAUCGUGAUUGGGAUCAACACAGGGACGGAGGGUCACGGCCACUCACAGUCCCAGUCCCCGUCCCAGUCCCAACAGAAGCGGGACCUGUCCACAUCUGCUACAGCUAGCAGCCCUGAUGUCAGCGGAGAAGGACCGAAAGACGAGCUGGCGAGAGAGGUGGAAGAGCUCCGCGAAAUGGCGGCAGAGGCUGGAGACACCGUGAUAGGCGAGCGCAAACGCCUCCGCAAACCGAAUACCAACGGUAGGGGCGAGUGCUUUUCGUGCGGGAAGCUCUGUUCGUGGUACGAGCUGGAUUUCGACGAUUCCAGCAGCCCUAUCUGCACCGCGUGCAUGGAUGACAGCCACGCGAAGACGGAUAAUAACACCACCGUCGAAGUCGAAAUGCUGAACGUUCAGCGCGAGGUAGCACACAAAUCUGUGGGCAGCAGCCAACCCACCAGGCAACCAGCUACACAUGUCACUAAGGUCGUGAAUGAAGCGGAGCUGCCUGGUGGGAUACCAGGAGGGCGGACGAGCGUCAAUUCUAGAUCAAGUCAUAAGAGGGUUCGUGAAGACAGCCAACCUACCAGGCCAGCCACAAAUGUGAUCAAAGUGACGGACGAUGACGUGGAGCAGCCCGGCGAGAUGCGGCGAAAAGGACGGAUGAGCACGGCCUCGAAAUCACGUCAGAAAAGACCCCAUGAAGACAGCGGGCAGAUGGUCACGAUCCAAGGCUGCGAAUUUCUGGUGUACAUGGAUGAGGUUGGCAAGGCUCAGCUGGUGAAGCUCGAAGAGCAAUCGAGCAAGCGGGUCAAGGCGCUGGGCGAGAGAUGA